GGGCCGACUCCGCUAGCUUUCUGCUCGGAUAUAGUUUGUCCCUCGCGAAGCACCGUUGAUCGCCUAAGAGGCGUGACUAGGAGCUGAAAGGAGGGCGGUAGCGGUGCUGUGGAGCCGCGGCGGCCGCUGACAUGGACGCCUGGGUCCGCUUCAGCUCUCAGAGCCAGGCCCGGGAGCGGCUGUGUAGGGCCGCCCAGUAUGCUUGCUCCCUUCUUGGCCAUGCACUGCAGAGACAUGGGGCCAGUCCUGAGUUACAGAAUCAGAUUCGACAACUGGAGGGCCACUUGAGCCUUGGAAGAAAGCUUUUACGCCUGGGUAACUCAGCAGAUGCUCUUGAAUCAGCCAAAAGAGCUGUGCAUCUAUCAGAUGUUGUCCUGAGAUUCUGCAUCACUGUUAGUCACCUCAAUCGAGCCUUGUACUUUGCCUGUGACAAUGUCCUGUGGGCUGGAAAGUCUGGACUAGCUCCCAAUGUGGAUCAGGAGAAGUGGGCCCAGCGUUCAUUCAGGUACUAUCUGUUUUCCCUCAUCAUGAAUUUGAGCCGUGAUGCUUAUGAAAUACGCUUACUGAUGGAACAAGAGUCUUCAGCUUAUAGCAGGCGACUGAAAGGUUCUGGAGGAGUAAUCCCAGGAGGAUAUCUCCAUCCUAUCUAUUCUUACCCUAAUCUGUCCCUGGCUACGACUCAAGCCCUGAAAUUCUAG